CUUACGCAAACCAUUGACGUAGCUAGAAAAUUAUGAGCUAUGAUUUUUUCCAAACUCAUAACCUUUCCAUGAUUCUAUUUUCUUCUUUGCGUAUUGGUGGACACUGGAUGAUGGCCCACCGUUUUCACUCUUCUUUUGGAGGGGGGGCGCACACCUGGGACACGUGGAAGUUCCCAGGAUUGAAUUUACACCUCAGUAGCAACCAAGCGGCUGCAGUGACAAUGCUGGAUCCUUAAGCCACUUGCCACAAAGGAACUCUCAUCACUCUUCAUCUUUUCAAAGUGCACAUUGUGGAUAUUAAAACUGUCCAGAGUGUCUUAACAAUAUUUGUGUUCAUAGGGCCUUUUAAAAGCCAGAGCAGGUCAUUUUCAACUGCAGUUCCGUUUUUCAGAGCUGAGGGAGCAUGAGCCAUUUGCAGAACUUACUGUUAGAUACCCUCCUAGGAACAAAGCAUGUGGAUUGUGCAGCCCUCAUCAAACUCCAGGAGCGGAGCCUUUGUGUAGCAUCACCAGGAUUUAGUGUAAUGCCCAGUGAUAUCCGAACACUUGUGAAUGUAUUUGCCAAGAACCCUUUGAAAGCCAGAAGGGAAGGAUUGUAUUUCAAGGAGAAAGACUACAAAUGUGUCCGGGCAGAUGACUAUUCUCUUUAUGCUAAGAAUGAAAACACUGGUGUGGUUGUUGUGAAGACCCAUCUGUAUCUUCUUGUGGCAACUUACACUAACGGCAUGUAUCCCAGUGUCUGUGUGGAAGCCACAGAGAAGCUGGGAGAAUACCUAAGAAGAAAAGGAAAUUAAGUCAUCAGAAGACUACGAAAGACAGCUUUUAUGAUUUUAGAAGAAAACUAUAGACCCU